GGGGGGGGGGGGGUCCUGCGCGCCAAGAUGGCGCAGGCCCUGUCGGCCGAGGAGUUCCAAAGGAUGCAGGCGCAGCUGCUGGAGCUGCGCACCGAGAAUUACCGGCUGUCGGAUGAGCUGCGCAAGAACGGCGCCGAGCUGUCGGGGCUGCGGCAGAGGGUGCAGACGCUGGACAGGGACUUGGCCAAGGCAAACAAGGCCCUCAGUAAGAGCAAGAAGGCCCAGGAGGUGGAGGCGCUGCUGGGUGAGACCAGGAUGCUCCAGGGGAAGCUGCAGAGUCAAGAGGACGAUUUCCGCCUCCAGAACAGCACCUUGCUCCGGGAACUGGCCAAGCUCUGUGCCCAGAUCGAGGGGCUCGAGGAGGAGAACCGGCGGCUGCAGGAGGGGGGGGCAGGGGGAGCCCCCCGAGACCCCCCCGGGGCCCCCCAGGACCCCCCAGGGACCCCCCCAAAUUCAGCCCAGCCCCCCCAGGAUGGAGCCCAGGGGGAUGAGGAGCCCCCCAAAGCCCCCCCAGAGCCCCCCCAAAAACCGGAGGAGGGGGGAGGGGGGGACGCCCCCCCCAAGGAGCCUCCAGCUCAGGCAGAGCUGGCCCAGCUGCAGGAGGAGGUGGCCAAGCUGACCGAGGAGCUGCGGGAACAGCGGGAAAGUUUUCUCCGGCUGCAGGAGGAGAAGGAGGCGCUGCUCCAGGAGAGCCGGUGGGGGAAUCUUGGGGGAAAUUUGUGUGAAUUUUGGGGAAAUUUGGGGCAUUUUUGGGGGAAUUUUGGGGGAAUUUUGGGGCAUUGGGGUGUCCUGGGGGGGGUCCCGGGGGGGUUUUGGGGUGUCCCCAGUUCGGGGGUCCCAGCUGUGCCCCCCAGGGCUGAGGCCGAGGCGCUCAGGGCCCGCUGGGAUUCGGAGGCGCGGGAGCUGCGGGCGCGGGGCCGGAGGCUGCAGCAGGAGCUGGAGGCGGCCACACAGGCCCAGGGGGGGCUGCGGGAGCUGAGCGAGGCCCAGGCCCGGGAGCUGCGGGACAGCCGGAGCCAGAGGCAGAGCCUGGAGACACAGCUGCAGGUGUGCUCAGGUGAGCGGGAUCAGCUGCGCCAGCGCCUGCACGAGGCCGAGGCCGCCCAGGAGCGGCUGCGGGAGGAGCAGGAGCAGCAGCGGGGGCAGCUCGAGGAGGAGCUGGGGCAGCUGCGGGUGGCGCUGGGGGAGGAGCAGCGGCAGCGGGAGCUGCACGAGGCCGAGGGACGCGCCCUGAGACAGGAGCUGAAGGACGUGCGGGACGGGCAGCGCAUCCUGGAGAAGAAAGGCAGCGCCGCCCUGAAGGACCUGAGGAGGCAGCUGCAGCUGGAGCGGCGCCGGGGGGAGCGGCUGCAGGAGCGGCUGCAGGAGCUGCUGGUGCCCAGCAGGACCCGCUCGGGGCUGGAGGAGCUGGGUUUGGACGGGGGCUCCCCGGGGCGGGGCCCGGGCGGUGACAGCAGCUCCGUGUCCUCGCUGGGCCGCGAUGGCUCCGCCCCCGGCAGCACCAAGUCGGGCUCGGGCAGCCCCGGGGGCGGCAGCGCCGGGGGGGUCCCGGGCGGGGGGGGCCUGUCCCCGGCAGAGGUGGCCGAGCUGUUCCAGCGGCUGGCCCAGAGCCAGCAGGAGCGCUGGCUGCUGGAGGAGAAGGUGAGGCACCUGGAGGUGUCGAGCGCGUCCAUGGCGGAGGAUCUGUGCAGGAAGAGCGCCAUCAUCCAGAGCUUCGUGCGCGACAGCCGCACAGAGGCCGCGGGUCCCGCGGGGCCCCCCCGGCGCGGGGCGGGGGCGGGGCCAGGUGAGGAGGGGCUGCGGGAGAUGAACAAGAAGCUGCAGAACCUUCUGGAAGAGCAGCUGACCAAGAACCUGCACCUGGCCCAGGACCUGGAGUCGCUGUCCCAGGAGCUGGCGCAGCUCAGGAAGGAACAAGCGACCCCCCCGGGACCCCCGUGAGGGGCGGGGCCUCUCCUUGUGGGCGGGGCCUGUCCCCCCGCAGGCUCCGCCCCCCGGCCGGGCCGCUGCUGCGUUGCCCCUUUAAGGAAGCGCUGGGCCUCCCUGGCAUUGCCCCUUUAAGGCGGAACACUUCCGUGGCGUUGCCCCUUUAAGGGGGGGGGGGUGUUCCUCAGGAGGGCGUUGCCCCUUUAAGACCGGGGGCGGUCCCCGCCGCGGCGUUGCCCCUUUAAGGAGGAGGUGGUCCCCACUCUGGCGUUGCCCGUUUAAGGGGGUCCCGCAUGCGCCCCCCUCUUUCCCCCCCACCCCAAUAAACCCGAUGUGAAUCGC